AUGAAACUAAAACCCCAAAAGACCAACACCGGUAACACCGGUAACAAUGGUAACAACGAAAACAACGAAAACAACGAAAACAACGAAAACAACGAAAACAACGAAAACAACGAAAACAAGCAGGCAAUCACAAUGGAUUUAGAUAAAUAUAACACUUUGCAGAAAGCAACGGUCACCAAAGAUGUGCCCGCUACCACGCCAACAUUCAAGGUUGUGCUUUUAGGAGACUCGGGCGUGGGAAAGACAUCUAUCCGAGCACAAUUUGUUCAUCAUAUCUUUAGCAACAACUAUAAAGCCACAAUCGGUGGCGACUAUCUCACGACAACAAUGAGUAAAGGAAAAAAGCACCCCCAGUUGCUGCGAGAAACAGGCUCUGAUCUAGAAUCGCAAAACAUUAAUCUAUAUGAUCCAACAGAAAAAGUUAAUCUACAAAUUUGGGACACUGCAGGUCAAGAGCGGUUUAAUUCGAUAUCUAAAGCAUUUUAUCGAGGCGCCGACAUUGUUGUUUUGUGCUACGAUAUCACCAAUUACGAAUCUGUGCUCAGUUUGAGAGACUGGUUCCUGCGAUUCAUUGAGCAUUGUUAUAAUGAACACCCUGGAGUAAUCAUUGUUGGAAAUAAGGCUGAUAAAGUGAAAGAUAGAGUAGUCGACAAGGAGGAAAUUGAAGAUAUCUUGCAAGGAAGUGGACAUUUACUGCUGGAGAACAGAAUAGGCGAGUUCGUAGCUGAUUGGGAAACGGAUUUGUUUGAAGUGAGCGCAAAGAAAUUUGGGGAAGUAGAGAAAGUGUUUAGAAGAGUGGCUACCUUGGCAAGUGAUUUACAAGAUGAAGAAGAUUUCAGUCGACGAAGUAUACGACGAGACAUCGUUGAUCUAAAUGACGGAAUCAAGAAACAAAGCAAAUCAAAUAAUUGUGCAUGUUAG